AUGGUCGAAAAGCGGUCGCGUGCGUCAAAAACCCUUCUAGUGGCCAAGAAUGGGGAAGCCAAAUACCUUGUCAAGCUGGAACACGACUCUCCCCUAUCAACAGACUCAGCAGAAUUGAUUCGCUGCCUCCCCAAGAAGCCUAGAAUUCUUACUGGUCUAGACGACGAUGGCAAAACGACUCAAUUCUGUCUGUUAUCUGACAGCCAGAAAGCAGAAUUCCUUGACGCCCUCUUUAAGGCGCGUCCUUUCUACGAACCGACGUUGAUUCGUGCAUCUGUCGCGUCGAAAGACCCAUCUUCAACAACCCUGUAUCCGACACUCGGAGUUGACACUACCCUCCCGCAGUUCCGAUUAGACAAAAACAAGUCAGAGAAUAACAUUUCUUCUAAUUUCUUCUCCUCCGCCAGACCAGCGCAAGAUGAAUAUCCAGUCUGGUAUUUCUUCUAUGGCACCCUUGCCGAUGCCGGCAUUCUCUCUCGUAUCAUAGGCUCUAGCGAGGAGCAAAAUUCCAUCACAUAUAAACGUGCUAGUGUUCAGCGAGGACGGCUCUGUACAUUGAAUGAGAAAUACUGGGCGUUGGUGGAUGCGGAGCAACAGUCGAAAGUCGACGGGUGGGCAUAUCUGGUGAAGAACCAGCACGAGGAAGAUUCACUUCGAGUGUACGAGACAGGAAUAUAUGAAGUGGUCAGAUGCACAAUGGAACUUAUGGAUGAGAAACAAAUCUUCAUCCAAGGACUCACGUUUAGGCUUGCUUAG